GUCUUAAGUUUACUAUUUUUAUAAAACUUAACAUGGACAGUAGAUCAAUAAUCAAAUAACAUCUGUUAAACACAGGUAAGAAUGCAACAUAAAUGGAGAAAACCUGUCCUGUUUGGGUUUGGAGUUGCAGUAGUUUGUUUAAUGAUAUUUCUGGAAAGUUUUCAUCCAUCAUUGACAAAUAUACAGUACAGAAAAUACCAAGAUAAUCUUAAAGAAAAUCUAUUGUUUAAACCAGUCAAUGACACCAACUGCAUAUACACAUUAGAUGAAUGGAUAGAUCGUGAUGUUGAAGGGAAUUUUAUAAUACCCCGAGAUGAUGUUGUGAAGUUGUUACCUCAUAAUAUAGCCGAGUGUUUAUUCAGAAGAUAUACUACAACUCUACAGACUUAUUGUGCUAAACGUAGCCAUCAUGGUCAAUUGGAACAUAGUUGGAAUUUUUGUAUUGAUGGCUGUUAUAAACCAAACAGUAAUACAAAAGUUAUUGCAUUCAGCAUUCGUGACGACUAUCCAAACGCUUAUGGUCUUUCGGCUUUCUUUAAUAGUACUGCAUAUCGAUUUAGUCCGAGAGAUUCUAUGAGAAAAAGAAACGACGUUAUGUUUAAAUUGAAGUCAAGGAACAAACUUGAAGACACAAGGCGACUUUGGACAAUGGAUGGUAUCAAAGACUUUCUAAAGAGUACAAAUGUUGGUAGUUACUUUUAACAUCUAUGAUGUAGAUACGAUUUUUAUUUUUUUUUCUAAUUAUUUUCACUGCUAUCAAAUUGUUCUGUGUUUAUUACGACUAAGAAGGGGCAAUAAUGUCAUUCGGCGGCUUGUAAUAUUAUUAAUUUUUAUCGUUUUUUUUCAAGUAUAAUACAUGUAAUAAAUUAGUUUCUGUGAUAUUGCCCUUAAAAGAGCAUCGACAAAUCAUAAAAAUACAAACGAGGAAAAUUAAAGGGUGAUACGGAUUAUGCGUUUACAAGACAGCAACACAACACACAAAAAAAAGCCAAAAGAUUAUUCCGAGCAGCAUACCCGUAAAGCACCGACAUAGUCUAAUAACUAAUACUGAUAUUUGUAUAUUUCAAAUGCAUAUCUACACAUUUAUACAUUAACAAUUUCCUAUUUAUUGUUACAACUUAAUAUCAUUGCAAUUCAGUAAUAUAAAAAAUGAGUAUGUAAUCUUUCAAAUUGUGUGAUAUUUUAGCUCAAGC